AUGGCAGACACCACCUCUGCAGCCGAUAGCACAUCCGCCACGCUACUUCCCGGCGGGUUCCACGCCUUCAAUCCGCAGGCCGACUUCUCAGACAACAAAGAGACCAACAAUGCGCGCCCACUUACAGACGCAGUGAUCACCAUCCGCAUUAUCAAGUCGUUCGAAUUCCGCUCGAUGAAGGCAUAUGUGCUCAAAUCCAUCGACCUCACAACAACCACUAUCGCGCAGCUUGAGCAGCUCUGUCGGAAUGAGGUAAAGACCAAUUCGAGCUUCCGCGCAUUCCGCAGCUACGCCGACCAGCUGGAUACGCUCAAGCUGUACACCCGUGCCCACGGCGCGAAGACAACCAACCUGAUUAUCAACCUCGACAAUCCCGAGUGGGUGCUCGAGAACGCGAAUCUCGCCGCGCUCGCAAAGGACGGAACGGCAAAGGAGGCGAGGACCAAGGAGAACACAACGCUCGCAGAGAUCGGCAUCGAGAAUGAGACCGAGCUCAGCUUCUUCAACAAGGAAGCGUACUUGGCGUUCUUGGCCAACCCCAACACCAAGUGGGACGCGACCGGUUGA